AUAUUUUCAGUUAUGAUAUUUUGUAAUACCCCCAAAAUUUCUAGAGCAUCAAGUGAGAGUUAGGGACCUAAUUGUGAAGAAAUACUAUUAAUGAACUUAAUGGCAAAAAUUUUCAAAGUUCAGGGACUUAAAAGAAAGGAAAUUAAGAUAAGGAUCAAGGCUGAUAUUUCUGUCCUCAGCCACGUGUUUUGCUCUUCUUCAUCUUCAUUUUCUUCUCCUCUGCCGACCGAAGCUCCCCUAAGCCACCGACUCAUCCCCUUUGAGAAAAAUUGGUAACAAGCUUGAUUUUUCCCUUCCUUUUCUUGUUAAAGAACUGAUUUUAGGACCUAGAACCCUCCCUUUGAAGUGGGGAUUUCAGAUCUGCUCUGUUUCUUCCCUUGGUCUGUCCGCUGUUCUGCUGGGUGUGAAUCCUUCGGGAUUUUUGUUUUCAUGAUUUCUUCUCCAGUCUCUGUCGGCCUCCAUACCCGCCAGCUCCGGUUUUGGCUGCUGGAAAAAUACUGGUUCUUGAUCGUUCUGUCAGUUUAGUACGUGAAUUGAGUGCUCAGUUUUGCGGAGUGAGGUAAGUAAAUUUAUGGUAAUGCCCGCACUGUUUUUAAAAGAUGUUUUGACUUGUUUUUGAAGUGGUGGCGGGACUAAACCCGUUUUAUGCAAAAGUAAGUAUGACUGAUUUGAACUGAAAAUUUUUAUGAUUUUUAUGGAUUUGAGCAUGCCUACUUGAAGUUCAUGUGAUUGUCCUGAUGAUUUGAAAGUUAAUUGUAAAGACUGAUUUUCUGUUAAAUUCAGCCUGUUUUGUCUCCGAUCUGGUCAUGUUAUUCUGUUGCCCGCUAGUGGGAGGUCAAACGCUAGCACAUGUCGACGUGUUCCUGAUAGAACCGGUUCAUUCCUGUAAUCCUACUAGUGGGAGUUAAACACUAGUAAUUCCUGUUGCCUGCCAGGGGGAUUUAAACACUGGCCAUGACCUAUAGAGGAGACGUCUAUUUCGUUCCCGUACUUGUAUCCGUUUCCUGGUUACACUUGUUGGCAUGCUAUAAGUUUAAUUGACUACUACUGAAUUUUGUUCUGCAUAAUGGUUAUCAUUGAGCAUUCCGUUAUGUUUAAACUGUUUAUUUGAAAUGCUCAAAUUUUACCCACGGGCUAUCCAUACAUUUACUUACUGAGUUUAUCUCAUAGUUUUUCCUUGUCCACCAUUUCAGGUAAUAUGACCCGAGACACGGAAACCACAGGAAGUGACGAGUUAGAAGGCUAGCCAUUUCGAGACUGAUAUAGAUUUUAGAAAUAAAUCAUGUUUUUUGUAAGAUAGAUUUUACCUUGUGAUUUUAAGUUUAAGUCAUGUUGGACAUAGAUUUAUGGAAUAGAGUUUGGGAUUUGAAUAAGUUCCGAGCCUUGUGCGUUUGUGGGACCCGUCUCAUGAGUGCACGGCGUCUGUCGCGCCUCGGAUUUGGGUUCUGGGGCGUGACAGACUUCUAUCAAAUCAACUCUAGUUGCUUUUCGAUCAAUAAACUUGACUAAAAUGUGUUUGCAAAAGAUGGUUAGCAAACAUCAAAUCAGUAUAAAGCAUUAUUUUGGUC